AUGGACGAGCAGCAGGAAGCCAAGCGGCGCAAGCUCGAGGCUCUCGAGGCCAAGAUGGGCGGCGCACCGCCGCCCCAGGCCGUCAGGCCCGCGAAGAUGCCCAACCUUCCAGCCGUCGCUCCGACCCCGGUUUCUUCCGCGCCCACCGCCGCGGGCGCGUCCGAGGAACAGACGCGCUCGCCCUUCGUGUGCGACGCCAACGACGUCGUGCAGUUCCGCCUCGUUCGCACCGAGGCCGACAUGGACGCCGCGGAGGUCUUCGAGCCCGAGUUCACCCACCAGGUCUUCCGCGACGACGAGACCGUCUUCGGAUACAGGGACCUCGAGAUCAAGAUCUUCAUGUCUGCGAACCUCUUCAAGACGCUCGUGGAGAUCUCCUACGCCGAGAAGGUCAAGAGCGUGCUCAAUCCCGCGGACGACAUCAUGGCGAUGCUCAAGGCACACCUCGGCGACGACGUCUUCACCGACCGCGAUUUGUUCAUCGAGACGCUCCGGAAGGACGCCGCCGCGCCCGUCCCCGGGGGCGGCGGCGUCGUCGUGUCGACGUGGAAAACGACGGGAGCGGACGGCGUGGAGUACGUCGACACCGCGCGCGUGUUCAGGCUCUCGGAUCCGGAGAUAUACCCGUGGCACGCGCGGUUCGAGCCGAUGAUCCUGUUCUACAUCGACGGCGCCUCCGCGGUGGACAGCGAGGAUACCAGGUGGCUCCUCUUUGCCGUCAUCAGAACCCGAGCGGAUGACGCGGACGACGCGUCGUGGUCGCUCGUGUCCUUCGCGACGGUGUACGAGUUCUUCGUCUACCCGUCCUCGACGCGCGCCAGGCUGUCGCAGAUCGUGGUGCUGCCCCCACACCAGCGCGCGGGUUUGGGAAGCAAGAUGCUCGGCGCGGUGCGCGAGUACUGCGUCGCUAACGGUUUCGCCGAUUUCACCGUCGAGGACCCGACGCCCCAGCUGCAGCGGCUGAGGGACGCCGCCGACGUCAGGGCGAUGACGAACGCGCCGGAGGUGAUGGCCGCGGUGCGGACGUGCGCGAUGGCCGCGGCGGCGCUGCCCCGACACGUGCCAGCAGGCACCGGGGGCACAGCGGCGAGCGACGAAGGGAAGGGCGUGCUCGAGAUGCCGCGAGCGGCGGCGAAGUUUGCGCGGGACGAGCUCAAGAUUUGCGCGCCUCAGGCGGCUCGGUGCUGGGAGGCUCUGCUGUACAUGACCGCCAAGAAGGCGGGCGCGCCCGAUGACUCCCCCGCGGCGGCGGCGUUUCAGGAGCUGGUCAUCAGGAGGCUCAAGGCGCUGCACUGCAGCGACGCGAGGAGGGACGCCGGGAGCAAGAGGGUGUACAACCACGCGCAGGGGCGCGACGAUCGGGAGUUUGUCAUGUGCCGGGGCGUCGCCGGCGGUCAGGCGCCGGACAUGGAGGAGGACGGGGACAAGGCGGACCCGGCGGAGGUGCUGGCGGACUACUUCCACGAUACCAUGAGCAACCUGGCGUGGCUCGCGUCGGCGGUGAAGAUCUGA